AUGAAUAUUAUACGAACAAAAAAGGCAUACAAAGUCAUCUGCGGUCUAGUUGUACUCAUUGGAGCUACACUCCAGAGCUCUGGAAAUGUCACAAAUCCUGAGAGCGUUCAAGAUCCCAAACCACUUGAAGGUUCUGGAGCAGGGGGACAAACAGUGCGCUCUUUGCACUAUAGUUUUGAAAAGCAUUCUGAGGGGGAGACUGACAUAUCUAUACCUUUCCAAGGCAUUACAUCUAUUGACUGCAAUAUUAAGAGAUUUGUGAAGCUAGAAAGUCUGAGCCUCGGUGGCAACAAGCUCAAGACACUACCACCUGAGAUAGGAGAGCUGAGGAAUCUACGAGAACUGAAUCUUCGGAAUAAUGAAUUUGAAAUAUUUCCAAAUAUAAUAGGAGAGUUGAGGAAUCUACAGUACCUGUUUUUUGAUGGUAAUGAAUUUGAAUUAUUACCAUCUGAGAUAGGAAAGUUAGAGAAUCUACAGGAACUGCAUCUCAAUAGUAAUAAGCUAAAGUCAUUACCACCUGAAAUAGGAAAGCUGGAAAAUCUAAAAAUAUUGGAUCUCAGUUGUAACAAGCUCAGCACACUACCAAACACCAUAAGAGAGUUGCCAGAUUCAUUGCAAUUAUUGGAUUUAAGAGGCAAUAGCAUUUUGGAGGUUGGAGAAAAGGUAAAGACUCUGGGCAGGGGAGAGCUGAGAGAGAUAUUUAGAGGUCGUGUUGUGUUUGACAGGGAUGCUCUACGAAGACCACAGUGA